GAAGUAGUCAAAAUAUCUGCAGCAGCAGCGAAAAAUGUCCAGAUCAUCCAGAACAUACAGAUGUCUGAUGGCCAGGCUCUUACUGCUGAACCAGUGACCAGAGAGGACUUCUUACAGUAUUCCUGUCACUUCACUCUGGAUCCAAACACAGCAGAGAAACACCUCCAUCUGUCUGAGGGGAACAGGAGGGUGGAGAGGAGAGAUGAGGCCCAGUCAUAUCCUGAUCAUCCAGACAGAUUUGAUGAGUGGCCUCUGGUGCUGUGUAGAGAGGGUGUGUCUGCACGCUGCUACUGGGAGGUUGAGUGGAGUAGAGAGGUUGAUAUAGCAGUGUCAUAUAAAAGCAUCAGCAGGAAAGGAGGGGUUCAUGAGUGUUGGUUUGGGGGUAAUGAUCAGUCCUGGAGGCUGCACCUCUACCCCUCCACUUCCUAUUUCUGGCACAAUGAUAAAAGGACUGAUCUCCCUCUAGUGGCCAGCUCCAGAAUAGGAGUGUAUGUGGAUCACAGGGCAGGAACUCUGGCCUUCUACAGCAUCUCUGGAGACACAAUGACCUUCCUGCACGGAGUCCACACCACAUUCACACACACUCUCUACCCAGGGUUUUGGGUAGAUAGUGGAUCAUCAGUGAAGCUGUUGUGA